GGAUAUUGAACCAUGAGAGAGAACCUUGUCAGUGUGUCAUCCCGAAACAUGGCGUUCACAGACUGUCUGACACCCACUGACGUGUUCCCAGAGGGGAUGGGGCUAAAGAGGAAAAACUGGAGAAACAGAAUACGAGUUCUCCUGAAGACAAACUCUUCACACUCAGUUUUACACCUGGUGAAACACAGACCCUACAGGCCGAGCACUGAUGACGUGAACCAAUGGGCGCAGUCACUCGACAAACUACUCAGUCAUAAAUACGGGAAAACGGCCUUUUGCAUCUUCCUGAAGUCUGAGUUCUGCGAAGAGAACAUUGAGUUUUGGACGGCCUGCGAAGAAUUCAGGACGCUCACGUCGCACAAAGAGCUGGUGUCCAAGGCCAACAGCAUUUACGAGGAGUUCAUUAAAAGCGAAGCUCCCAAAGAGAUAAACCUGGAUUUCCACACAAAGAACAACAUCAUCCAGAGCCUAGAUGAUCCAACAGUGACCAGCUUCCUGGCAGCUCAGAGGAAAGUCUACAGUCUGAUGGAGAACAACUCCUACCCGAGGUUCAUCCACUCCGAACUCUACAAAGAACUGUGCUCCAGGGAACAGGCUGAGCACAUCAGGUCUUAGUCAAACUGAUCGCCCGCUCCUGCAGCCGUCUGUUUACCACUGCGACUGUGUGAUCAGGCCCCUGACGAUGGCUCCGCCUCAGGAUAAUAGACCCGAAUGCAAAUCCUGAUAAUAAACAUUAACGGCGAGUGUGGAAAAUGUGAAACUGAAGCCGUUCCCAGGCCGUCCUGCUGGAAGCGCUUGGCGGUGACGAUGAGGCCGGAUGCUCUAUGACGCUGCAGGCACCACACCGCAUUUCAACCAGAUGGGAUUAAAGUUACGUUUUUUUCCCCUCGCUGGUCCAUUACCUGCACUUUCCUCUCGCUAUGAUGUUACGAGUUUGAUAUUUGAUAUCGAGAAAAUGCCGUCGUAGAGACGCCGGUUUCACAGAGCGAGAGGAGUCGAUGCUGCGGGGACGUCCUGUGUGACGCUGUGUGUCCUCGCUCAGGUGGAUUUACAUCCGUUUACACAUUUUACUUUACUUAACAUUUGCAAUUUUUUUUUUUACUGAGGACUGAUUGAGCCUGAUGUGACUGAUGUUUCUGACAAUGUUAUUUAUUGUAAAUAUUGUAAUAUUAUAUUUGUGAUACUGAAAGUUCAGAGCAGCUGGAGAAAUAAACUUUGUUCUUCAGAGCUGAAA